AUGGCGAAUGGUAAAGACGUACAAGUUUGUCCAGCUUGUAAAAAUGUCGUUUUAGACUCUGACGACGCGGUUGAAUGCGAAUUUUUCUGUAAGAAAUGGUAUCAUUGUGCGUGCGUUGAUAUCAAUAAUGAAGAAUAUGUACUAAUGUCUCAGCUCGCCGAAAAAUCAAAGUGGGCAUGUAAUACUUGUGAAUUGAGGUUGGGUAAGAUUAUUACCAAAGUCAGCGAUUUUGACAGCCUAAUUGACUUACACGCCACGGUGAUAAACCUAAUUACGGUAGUCAAAGAAGUGGUUAGUGAUAACAUUGCUAUUAAAGAUAAAUUAGAUCAACUGACGAAGCCUUUGUCGCAGGAUAGGCCUAGGACUAAUGAGUUUAGGGGAGGAGUAAAUCUGACUUCUGCGAUUCUCUCCCCCUCCGAUUUGUUGAAUAAAGAUCAACUAAGUACUACUGGGAAAUUAGAAGAUUCUGUUUUGAUAGUAGACAAUCAGCCAGAGCCAGUAUCUGUCAAUAUUCAAAGUUGUCCUUCUCACGUCAAUGAAGAAACAAACAUUUUUGUCUCUCCACCUAGCAACAGAUCUUAUAGUUCUGUGACCAAGAGUAAAUCCAAAGUAAAACAAACAGAAAAUGUGAAGGUUAUAAAUAACUCAGCACCUAUUUUUAGUGACACAUUUACAAGAGUUGAAACAAGGAAGGGUACGACACGAGACGAAAGGAUGAUUUUCACCGUGUGAGGAGGAAUUUCAACAAAACUGGCCGAAGUCCUUUUGUGAUGGGGUCAAUUUAUUUCAACCUCCUACCAAACAAUAUAAAGGAAUUAGAAGGCACUAAAUUCAAAAUUGCUCUGAAGAAUUGGCUAGUUAAAAAAAGACCGUACUCAUCAAAAAUUUCAGAUCUAACCGAUUCGGCAUAACAAUUUGGAAAACUACAUUUUGAGUGAUCUAAGUUGAGCCCAGGUUUGUACACUAAGAGGUAAUAUUGUUUUAUAUAUAUUGAAAUUGUAUUCUUUUUUCUUUUAUUUUGACAUUGGUGACUUUUGU